CUGACAACAAAACGGGUCUACUGGAAAGGAGUUCUGGAAGAACUGCUGUGGUUUAUCAGGGGCGAUACGAAUGCAAAGCAUUUGUCUGACAAAGGUGUUAAGAUUUGGGAUGCAAAUGGGUCACGGCAGUUCCUGGACAAACUUGGCUUCACGGACCGCCAAGAAGGCGACUUAGGACCAGUUUAUGGCUUCCAGUGGCGGCAUUGUGGCGCCGAGUAUCGUGGUAUGGAUGCUAACUAUACGAACGAGGGCAUUGAUCAGUUGUCAGCAAUCAUCAGUUUGAUCAAAAAAGAGCCAAACAGCCGCAGAAUCAUCCUUAGUGCUUGGAACGUCCAAGAUCUGGGAUUGAUGGCUUUGCCUCCUUGUCAUACACUUGCACAGUUUGCUGGCCUAGGAGUGCCUUUCAAUCUGGCAAGCUAUGGCCUUCUCACACACAUGAUUGCACAUGUUUGUGGUCUUAAGACUGGGUAUCUGCAUCAUUCGUUGGGUGAUGCGCAUGUCUACGUAAAUCAUGUUGAUGCGCUGCAAGAA